AUGGCAGAGUGCUUUCCUGAUGCUACAGUCACACCUGUCAACACCAAUGCUGAUGACAGGACCAGCACAGUGCAGCUUCUUGCAAAGUCGUUGCUAUGGCAGCCGUUGCCAUCACGGGAGAAAGAAGACGUGCGUUUUCCCUGUGACAUCUGCCACAAAGACUUUUCAACAGCUUACACGAUGCGGCGGCACCGCGUCAUUCACAACCCCAAUUUUCUAAAGCACCAGUGUGAAUAUUGCCCUCGAAGGUUCAACUGGAUCGACAACCUUCGCUCUCACAUGCAAGGUUCUUCUCACCCUGUGCUGCUUCAGCAACUGUCUGGCAAGGAACCGCUUCAUAGCAACGACAGUAGCAACAGCAGCAGCACCACCAAAGCAGGAGGGUGCCCACUGUUCACUUAUGUUCGCUCGCGGAAGAAGAUGUUUGGACUGAGGAAAGGCAACCGCUGGUCUUGCCUGUCAUGCAAGCUAGAGCUACGGUCAAGGAGCGCACUAAGGCGCCACGAGCUGAUCCAUGUGCCCUAUAGAGAGCGCUUCACCUGUCAAAUCUGCAACAUGAUCAUCAGUCGCAAGGACCAUCUGUGGCGUCACAUGCGGCGUGUGCAUGGUGUGAGCCAGCCAAGUCCAAUGCAGCUUGCACUCACUUGCCCCUUCUGCCUGAAGACCAUGCCCAACAUGGCUGACCUGGAACAGCAUGUUGACUCGUGCCACCCAUAUGCAAAUGGAAAUGACUGA